UUUAUUAAAUGAAUGAAGUGCUGUAGUUCGAAUUGGUAUCCGAUUUAUGGUGGUUUGGUGCUGUGAAUAACGAGAAAUUUGUGAUUGCCGGUACUGCGGCAGACGUUGAGUGAGAGCUCUCCAGUUCCGGCGCCAUUUUGAAAGUUCGUUCGAUUACCUCUCGCGCCCCCUGAAAUCAAUGUCACAGUGCGCGGUUUGACAGCUCCCUCCAGCAGUGCAGGAUCUCACCACUUCUUGGGAAGGAGGUCAAUUUUGGCGGUAAAUGUGGAAAGUGAUCGUAAUUGAUGGGUUAAUGAUGAAUGCUAGGUCGUAAUUAUAUAGAGUUAAUAGGAGAAAAUUGUGACAGAACUGAUUCAUAGUAGCAUGUGAAUUCCGGUAAAAACGGGAACGGACAAGGAAGUUGUACAAUCCAGACAUCGACUUCACACUGUAACAUGAAGUGAGUGGUCCUCGAGUGAGAACCAGCCUGGGAGGAGUAUUAUUUUGAAAAUUUCCACUGUGUAGAGCACGCGCCGUGGACGGUGUUCGGUAGUGUGAGUGUAUACUAGGGUGUAUGGCCUGCGCUCCGUCUGUGGGAGGCUGAACUGGUUCUGCGUCGCAUUGUUGGAGUUUAGUUGAGUACGAGAGUGGAACGUCGAAUGAAGUGUGUAGAGCGCGCGCGAGAAUUCCGAGUGUGAUUUUGAAAAUUUGAAUUGCAGUCUGCAGUCGUCUUGUAUUUUGAAACUGCACAUUGCACUGUUUUGAUAAUUCUAUUAACGACGACGUUUCCGGAGAGAUCAAUUACUCGGAAUUGGAGUGAAACGGUGUUAAGCGACAGUGUUUGAGAGCGAGUGAUUCCAGAUCAAAUUCAUCCUCUUGUGUUUUGCUACGUUUAUUCCAUCCUCGCCGUAUUUGCCAGCCAUCUAGUACGUCAUCGUGUGUAGUAACUAGGCAACCGGAGCGGCAUACGAUUUCUGUUCUUGUUCUUCCUGCUUCUUUCCGGGAAACGUGAAUCGUUUUUUUUUUGUUCUUUGCCUGGAGUGCGUAGUGUGAUAGUGAGAGAAAAAGAAAAGAUCACUGGAAGGAAUAAUAAUAUUGUGAUUGUUUGCAAAGCUAAUGAGCGAAAAAGAGGCAGAACGUGCGAUAAUCCUACAGGCCGAAACAUAGAAAAGUAUUCUAAGUAGAAUACUAUACCCAUCCUAACAAAAGUGGUAAAUUAUUUUUUGAAGUGUGUGAUCUGUUCCGAUCUGGAGUGCUGAAAAUGUUCGAGCUAGAGGAAGUCAACGGAUUCCACGACGUGUUACUCAACAAGUACAAUGACACCACCCCCAUCAUGGAUCUGUAUGUGUCGGAUUCGAUGCAGGACAUGCUGGACAUCGACAUCAAAUCCGAGGUGGCUACCGUCGUCGGCGGCGUGAACGAGUUCAGUUCACUGAUGAACUUCGACCUGCCCUCGCUGGAGCUGGAUUCGAACUCAAACGAUGCGGCCAGCGGCUGGGCUGCCGGCGGACCCACCAAGUGGCCCUCGACUGACAUCUACGCAGAUGUGGGAGCCUGCGUGAAUCCUAACUCGGUGCUGCCGGUGAUCUCAUCCGUCCAGACGUCACUGCUGAAGAGCCCCAAGCAGAAUGUGAACCUCAACGCCACAGUUAGUGCUCUGAACGAUCCGACACUGCCGAGUCCCAAGGAGCGAAAGAGCCACCUCACCUUCUCACCCAACACCAUCAAGGUUCCGAUGGUAAUCCAGCAUCAGGAAGUGAAGAAACCCGCCGCCAUCUCCGGUUUAACCCAGAUCCAACGGAUAAACGGGAUCGAUCAGGUCAAGAAGGACUUGUCAAGCCAGAUGUUGAAGGACGAUAGUAACAAAAUAAUCAUUCGAAACCAUCAACCUCCAAACGGGGCAUCUAGCCCGAGUUCCGGUCUUGGUAUGGGAUUAGGCAAAGGGAAUACCAUUAAGUUGGCUGCAGGAAUCGGUGGGCUGACCUUCGCCAAUGGAGUACAGUUCAAGAACCUUAAAAAUGUCCAGAAAAUCACGGCGCUUAAUGGCACCAAUGGUAUAAAUGGAUUGAAGCGAUCGUCGAGUCCUGCACGAAGUCUCGGCACAACAACCACAGUCCAGCAGGGUCAGACGCAGCUGAUAAGCAUCAAUGGAACCACCACGAAGAUCUACAACCGAAGUUUCAUACCUCACAAUGGAGGUAAACCAUCGAACAUGAUGCAGAUAACCAAUGGCACCGGCGUAACAGCAGUUACGCCUAAGGUAAAACCCUCGAAGCACCAAGGGGACAGUGGUUUUCCCAAACCAGCCUAUUCGUAUUCCUGUUUGAUAGCGAUGGCGCUUAAAAAUUCUUACACCGGUUCGUUACCGGUGUCGGAAAUUUACAGCUUCAUGUGCGAGCACUUCCCCUACUUCAAGACGGCUCCGAACGGAUGGAAGAACUCGGUCCGGCACAACCUGUCGCUGAACAAGUGUUUCGAGAAAAUCGAGAAACCCGUAACGAACGGUGGCCAGCGGAAGGGUUGCCUGUGGGCGAUGAACCCGGCAAAGAUCACCAAGAUGGACGAAGAGGUGCAAAAGUGGUCCCGCAAGGAUCCGAUGGCCAUCCGGAAGGCCAUGGUCCACCCGGAGCAUCUGCCCAUGCUGGAGCGAGGCGAAAUGAAACAUGGACCAACCGGGGAGAGCGACGGCGAAAAUGACGACGGGGACACGGAGGACCAGUCGGACAUCGAAGAGGAGGCAGUGGAAGGAGAGGAGGACGAGGUGGACGCCGAAGAGGAGAUUGAGAUCGAACAGGAGGCGGACAGCUUUCUGAUCAACACGCCGGAGUCGAUGGAGGAUCCCGAAGGGGACGACGUCGAUGUGGAUUUUGAUAUGGAGGUGCCGGACUUCUACGACGAUAUAAACGUCGAUUCGAAGGAAGGCUUCACGCUUGAAUUCGUUCAAAAGGAUCUGCUCUCGCUGGAAGAUGAAGAUGAGUCUGUGUACAUCUCCUCUCAACAGAAUGGUACCCACCUCCAGCAGCAGCAACAGCAAGUAGCGCAGCAGCAACCUCAGCAACAGCUUACCUUCCAGCAGCUUCAGCCCAUGGCGAAGCGAGCGAGACUCGACGUCAACUAUUCCAUCUCGCCCACCACGACGAACGUUUCCAACCACCAUACCUCGACGACUGCGGUAACGAGUUCGAAUACAAUCGUCAACCAAAUCCAGUUGGCCAACGGUCAACAGUUUCAAUUCACCAGCAAUAGCACGCACGGCAACAGUGGGCAGCAGCAAUUCCAGCAGAUCCAUCAACAGCAGCAGCAGCAUCACAACCGACGGAAGACGACCCCCUUGGUGACACGAAUAGCUUAAUGCUCCCAAGCGUUUGGAAAUCGUGGCAACCUUUCCAGCAGACCCUAGCAUUAGGCAAAAAAAAGAUAACGAAAUGGUUCUAUUUUGAAUGUGUUAAAGUGUAAAUUAACCCACUCCCUCUACUUUCACUUAGGUUUCCCGUACCCCCGUCGAUGAUAAAGUUUAACUUUUGUACAAUUUUAGUUACGAUAUAAUUUAGAACAAACAUUUUUUCAAGCAAAUCUAGUAUUUCACAAAUUAUAUACACAAAACACACAGUUGAAAGUUGAAUCAGAACAAAAAAAAACAGACAACGGUAUAUCAAACAACUAACAGUUUGACGAAACAAAAAACUAAUAUAAAAUGAACAAAGUUUGAUGGAGAUUAACUCAAAAACUUAAAAAUCUGACAACAGCAGAACUACCAGCAAUCUUUAUUUUCACUACGAUCUCACGCGGUCUAGCGACGACGCGUAUUUGUAUUAUCUUUCAACGAACAUAUGAUAACAGAGCACUCGAUUGUGGUUAGUAGUUUUUUUUUUUGCUUUCAUCGCCGAUUCAACUCGGUUCCUUCUGGACACUCUGUCUUCGUAGAGGCGAGAUUGCAUAUACCCUAAGUUUAAGUUUAUACAACGGAAAGGAUUCGGUUUCUUACAAUCCAAUCCAUUUUUUUUUUUUUGGUUAAAAGUGUGUACCAGAUUCGAUUUUUGAUUUCGUUCAGCACAUCGUGCUGUUCAAACUCCACUUCUUUUCUCAAUUAGUCAAUUUGACAAAUAGAUGGCGCGCUGUAGUAUUUGCACGUGCCAAAGUUUUUGGACAACAUUGUUUUUUGGCGAGAGAAGUGAGGCGCCGCUAUGCGAACAAAAAUCGAAUCCAUUCGCGCUUUUAAGGAGACAAUAGUUGGAAAUUACGCAUUGUGGCGUUAGGCAGUAAUCCCUGUCCCCCAAACACAAUACCUGUACCACCUUACCUGCUUUACAUUAUUUUCGUUGUUUUUGUUGUUAUAUAUUUUCGCGUGUACAUUUCGGCAAACCAAAUAGAUCAUUUCCGUGUAUUAUGCCGCGAAUCCAUGGUUAAUAGUUUAUAAGUUCAAAACAUGCUGGAUUGUAUCACUUUAGGAAGGCUUAAGUUGUGGAAUUUAUCGUUUAGUCUGACACUAAUUUACUUUCUGAUGAAUGUUGGGAUAAGUCUUCCUACAUUUAACAGAGACUGUAAUUAGUAAUAUUGAACAUCUAAACUUUUAAUCUGAUUCUAUCUAAUAUUGGUCUUGAAAUUUUUACAGCGUUCAUCGAUUGUACUAUUUUUCCCCGAAUGUCAGUUACCCAAAUACCUCAUUUCCUCGAAACUCAGUUCC